UCUCCGUUAUCCUUCUCUUUCUCUCUCUUUAUCUUUCUGCCAUUGUCGUUCUCUCCAAAGCUCUGUUCCUUUAAAGAACCCUUGAAAAGGACGUUGAAGUUCUCUGCUUCGAUUUGCUAACCUAGCAAGACUCCUGCAAUUGCUCUCUUUUAUGUUUGCGUUUUCACAUUUGCUGAUUUUCUCGUGUUCUCUCUACGGGAAUUGCCCCCAAUGGCUGAGGAGUGCAGAUUCAGAAUAGGAUACGCCUUGGCGCCGAAGAAACAGAACAGCUUUAUCCGAGACUCUCUGCUGAAGCUUGCGGGGUCUCGUGGCGUGGAUCUCGUCAAGAUUGACCCGACCCUGCCGCUGGUGGAUCAGGGCCCAAUCGACUGCGUACUACACAAAUUGUACGGCGAGGAGUGGAAGCGGCAACUGGAAGAGUUCCGUCUCAGGAACCCUAAUGCGGCCAUCGUGGACCCCCCCGACGCGAUCGAGCGCCUCCACAACCGAAUCUCCAUGCUACAGGUCGUUUCGGAUCUCAGGAUAGAGUCCCGGAACGAAACGUUCGGGAUCCCCAAGCAAAUCGUUAUCUACGACAAUGAAACCCUCUUCGAUGGGCAGGCAUGGGAGAGCCUCAAGUUCCCGGUGAUCGCAAAGCCCUUGGUCGCCGACGGCAGUGCCAGAUCGCACAGAAUGAACUUGGUGUUCAACCACGACGGACUAAACAAGCUCAGGCCCCCGAUUGUCCUCCAAGAAUUCGUGAACCACGGCGGGGUCAUCUUCAAGGUCUACGUUGUCGGCCAGUACGUCAGGUGCGUGAAACGCAAGUCGUUGCCGGACGUCUCGGAAGAGAAAUUGGGUGUCUCUGAAAGCGUAUUGUCGUUUUCGCAGGUAUCGAAUGUUGCUAGCAACGAAAAGGUUGACGACAAAUACUACAAGAUGAUGCAUUUGGACGAUACUGUGAUGCCGCCUCAGAGUUUCCUCACUGAUAUCGCCAAAGGGCUGCGGCAUGCCCUGAAACUGAAUCUCUUUAACUUUGAUGUCAUUCGGGACGCGAGGUCUGGGAGUCGCUACCUUAUAAUUGACAUCAAUUACUUUCCCGGGUAUGCCAAAGUGCCGGGUUACGAGACUUUAUUGACGGAUUUCUUCUUGGAUGUAGUGAAUAAGAAUGAGAAGGUGGUGGUGAAGGUGACUAGUUCUGACAAAGAUAUAAGAAAGAUUGUGAGCGAUAAUUUUUGCAGUGAUGGGAAUGAAAUUGGUCCGGAUGAAACGGAGAUUCAAUCCUGACAUCAGUGUUAGCAAAUUACCCGGUAAAUCGGGUGAAGGGUGUGAUUUGGGUGUAUUGGGGUUUAGGUAGGAGAUGGUUUUGGUACAGUUUGGAAUUGAGUAGGUUUCGAUGACGGGUAUUAGAUUUUUAGCCUUUUGACAGCAAUUACGUGUUGCGUCAAUGUUGAUGAUGUAUAUUCCACCCGCAGUUUUACUCUGGAGAUAGGCUACAACCUAUUUUUAUAGAUGCAUGUUUGACUUCUGUGAUUUCUACUCCUUGUACUGGUAUUGGAUCCAAUGUCACUAUAAUGGUGUCAAACUUCAAACACCCUGCACUGGAAUCAGAUUCACCAUGCUCUCUGGUAUCCUGAUUCAGUCAUCUCUGCUAGCUUUUGUGGAUCAUUCUUACUGUAAGAAGCCUAAGAAAGAUAGAAGGUUGCCGAGGGUUCUUUGAAAUGAGAGGUAGAUAUAUCAUCUUUCACGGUAUCUACAAUUGAAGGGCAUACAGAAAACUGCAAUUUGCAGUAGGCAGCAUCAGAUCUGGACUUCAUGGUCCGCUGUUCACGUCUGUCAGAAUAAUUUGGUGAAGUUCAUUGCAUUGAACGGGAGUUGAUGAACGCCAAUCUUGUCUACUUAGAGGCUGACAAUAGCGGUUAGUUGCCUAAUUUGUCUUCUCUCUUGGACUGAGUCCCAUAUUUUGAUUCAAAUCUUAUUUUUCCUUCCAAAUAUUAACCAUGUACAAUUUCCUUUUAUCUUAUUGUAAUUUUUUGCUUUCUUUCUGUACCAUACGUAUUUUGAGGAUGAGAGUGCCAAUGAGAAGUACCAAAACAAGAAGAUAUCAUUUUACCAUUGGCUUGGAGAUGACGAGGCAACUUGAGGUAGCCACUAUCUGGUUGAUUUUUUUUCCUAAUUAGUGGGAAGUUUUCUUGCACUAAUCAAGCUUGCUCCAGAAUUCAGAUAAUGUGGUUUCAGGGAGCUUCCUUAGAAGAAUGUUAGUCAGAAAACAAUAAUCUCAUACUUUGGUUGCACGAAAAGGAAGCAUAGGAGAGCUUCCUUAACCAAUUGAUCUUCAUGUCAGGCAACAAUAAUCAUGUACCUUUCAGAAAACAAUAAUCGCGUACUUCGGUUUCAUAAAAAGAAGCAACAGUCAUCAGUUUGAAUGAAAAUAAUAAUCUGAAUCAAAUGUCUCCUUGGUUAAAAUAUCAAAUCAAGAUUUUGGGUUGGAUAGGCAGAUUCUGGUUUGGAAAAGUGAUUUUCGGUUAUGUGGUCUUGAGGGCAAGUCUCUCAUCUCAUUCACCAAUAAAAGAAUGUGUUGCAUCACCGAGUUUGAUGGGAUACGGAGACACGUGUGACAUGGCCGUCACCUUCCCAAGGCCUGCAUUCCGGCAUUUCGCAAAGCAACACCCAUCAUUUCCAAGGCCUGCACCAAGCCAUUUAGAGACAGAAUGCAGCAAAGCAAGCAGUUUCCAUGUGAAAGAUAAAGUAAUUCAGUAAUUCAAGAUCACCACGGGGCUAGAAUAGCCAGGGGCAUCUCUUUCCAUUGAUGACCCCUUUUGGAACACAUUUUAAGCGGUGGUUCCCUCCACCCUGCUCAGUCUUAAUUGUCUGAUGGAGCUUCACUUUCAGGAGUCAUCAUAGUUUUAACCAAGUUUGUACUCGGUUAAAACUUGCUAUCUUCUUUGUACUUUUUAUGCUUCUCAUAAUUUUAACUUUGAAUAAAUUGGUCACUCUGUUAAUUGAAAAAA